CGGACAAUCCAGCUGCCGAGCUCUCAGGAGACAUCGGAGAGGCUGCAAUCGCACAAGAAUGCCAGCUGCUCAGGACCGAGCCCGCAGGAAGGACCAGCCCUGCACUGGAGAGAAGUAGUGGAAGGGCUUCGGCAGCAAAAUGCGCAGACAGACCAGACAGGAGCCCAGAUGCUGACUGAUACCUUCGGGCGCAUGCACACGUAUCUACGAAUAUCGCUGACGGAGCGGUGCAACCUGCGCUGCCUGUACUGCAUGCCAGAGGAGGGAGUGGAUCUCACCCCCAACGAGGACCUCAUGACCACCGACGAGAUCAUGCGCCUGGCGGAGCUGUUUGCUGCGGCGGGAGUGCGCAAGGUGCGGCUGACGGGGGGCGAGCCGACGCUGCGGCGCGACCUUGUGGAGCUGACUGCCGGCAUCCGCGCGCUGCCAGGCGUGCAGGCGGUCGGCCUCACCACCAACGGCCUCACCCUCUCCCGCAAACUUGCCGCCCUCCAUGCCGCCGGGCUCAACCUUCUGAACAUCAGCGUGGACACUCUGAGGUCGGACCGUUUUGAGAGCAUGACGCGCCGCCGGGGGCACGAGCGGGUCAUGGGCGCCAUUCGCCAUGCUGUCGACCUCGGAUAUGACCCUGUCAAGGUGAAUGUGGUGGUGAUGCGCGGGGUGAACGAUGACGAGCUGUGUGACUUUGUGGAGUUGACGCGGGAUGCGCCGUUGAAUGUGCGCUUCAUUGAGUACAUGCCCUUUGAUGGCAACGUGUGGAGCGACUCCAAGAUGGUGCCCUACGCUGAGAUGAUGGCAGCCGUGCAGCAGCAGUACCCACAGGGGCUGGAGAGGUGCCUGGACCCUCGAGGGGAGGUGGCAAAGAAUUUCAGGGUGCCGGGCUUCAAGGGCAGCGUAUCAUUCAUCACAUCCAUGACGAAAGCCUUCUGCGCCGACUGCAACCGCCUGCGCCUCAUGGCCGAUGGAAACCUCAAGGUGUGCCUCUUUGGGGCAAACGAGGUGAGCCUGAGGGAUGCAAUGCGCGAGGGGGCCAGUCAGGAUGAUCUGCGCGCCAUCAUCUCAGCGGCUGUGGACCGGAAAAAGGCAGCGCAUGCCGGCAUGUUUGAGAUCGCCAAAACGCGCAACCGUGCCAUGAUCAAGAUCGGCGGCUGAUGCCUCUCCAUAGCCCACUGCUGAUCGUCACAGAAUCUUCGAAGUUGUAUGUGUCCUGCAUGAAUGAUUGAGGAGUGUGCUUGUGAAAUCUGUCUGCAAACAUGCAAUGUCCCGUUGCAUCUUUUUGUCUUGCCAGCUCUUCUUUCUGGAAAGGAAUAAUAGCAUCUUGCGGCGCUUCUUUUAUGUAAGGGGCAAUAUGUGUAGCUGUAGUUGUCGCAUUGUAGGACCUGCAGAAUUGUGCAGGUAGACUUCGUCAUCUUACACCUUGAUGUCCUGAGCGGAUUGAUACUUGGUGCAGUUUAUUCAGUGGCAGGCAUAAGUGAUGCGUGACAUGGAUCGGGCAUGACAGAAGUGUCAGUUGGUAUUCCGUUGCUCCAGUUCCAAUUUGUGGCCCUUGACAGUGCGAGCAUGCGCAGGGUUCAUGAGCCUGAGAGGGUUCAUGUAAGAGUAAUGAUCUUUACAACGGC